AUCGAUAAGCGCAGAAAAAGUGCCCUGAUAUCGCAGCUGGAAAGUAUUUAUAAAAUUUGUAAAUUGGUUAUUUGCUUGCAAUUUGGUAGCGAAAUCGCACAGCAGCAAGAUGGGCAAGGGCUUCAAUAACUACAUGUGCAAGAAAUUCUUCCACCCCGCCUCCAGGGACAACCUAAAAAGGGUCUGGAUGGCGGAGCAGCAGGCGGAGGCGUACAAAAAAAAGCAGGAGGAGCUACGCAACCAGUACGAAAAGGAGCAGAAUCUGCACGAGAACAAAGCAAUGCUCAGCAAGGACAGCAAGGAUAAGCUGAGCGUUAAUUUCAUGUACGAGCCACCGCCAGGAGUGCGAAAGGAGCGCGAAAAGGAUGACAACGAGCCGGAGUACAAGUUCGAGUGGCAGCGGAAGUACAACGCUCCUAGAGAGUCGUACUGCAAGGGGGACACCGAGAUCAGGGACCAGCCCUUCGGCAUCCAGGUGAGAAACGUGCGUUGUCUCAAGUGCCACAAGUGGGGCCACAUCAACACGGAUAAGGAGUGCAACAUGUACAGCAUUUCCAUGAGCGAGGCACGGAAACUGCACGCGGAAACAGAGGCCAGCGACAUCAUGGCCAAAAACGUGCUGGAGGAACAGAUGAAGGAGGAUGGCCUCAUGAUGAAGCGAUCGGCACAGGAGCUGCAGAGCAUAAGGACCAUUCAACAGCAGCAUCAACUGGUGCCCAGCGAUGGCGAGAAGGAGGCCUAUGCCGAUAACCAAAAUCCCGAACUAGUCUUUCUCAAAUCCCUGUCCAAGAAACAAAAGCUAAAGCUGUUGAAGAAACUGGAGAAGAUUGAACGAAUGAAGCGCAAAGGCGAGGGCAUCAAGAAGCCCUCAAAAAGGAAAUCAAAAAAGGAAAGGCACGAAAAAGAUAGCAAGAAAAAGAAAUCCAAGAAGGACAAAUCGAGCAGAAAAGACAAAAAGGGGUCAGUUAGCAAUAGCUCAGACUCCUCUUCAUCGUCGGACAGCAGCGACUCCGAGGACAAUCACAAAAGCAAUCAUAGGGACGAAAAAAAAAAUGGACAUCAAAGGUCUAGGGACUCGGAUCAUAGCCACCAACGGCGGAGCAAUGAAAGUAGGCAUCGGAGAGAUCGAUCCCGCUCCAGAGAUCGCUCGCGCUCGCUCAGCAGAGACCGAAGAAGGGAGAGGGAGCGCAGAGAUCGGUCCAGGCGGUAGAAUUAGUUUUGUAAAACCCACCAAUAAAUUUUUAUCAAUUUGUAUCAUCAAAUUUAAAA